AUGACCGCUCCGUUAGGAGCCCAGAGCGCCGGGGCAUCUUUACCCCGGCCCCGGCCUCUCUGCCCGGAUCUGUGGAUGCCGGGGGCGGCCGGGGCUCGGCUGUGCCCGCCGCAGGGCGCGGAGCCCAGCGAGGAGCUGCGGCUGGGCCUGGUGCAGCUGCUGAGCCUCCUGCUGCAGCGCUGCGGCGCCGCCACCGCCCCCUACCUCGGCGACAUCGCCCGCGUCCUCCAGGCCGCCCUCCUCGACCACUAUGCCGAGGUCAGGCGGGAGAGCUGCAGGUGUGCCGUGGCCUGCGCCAGGGCCAUGCCAGAGCACUUCCAUAUGCAGUCAGAGUCUCUGAUAAAACCCCUAAUGCAGACAAUUUCCCACCAACACUACAGAGUUCGUGUUGAUGUGAUUCAGGCUACUGGAGCAGUGAUACAGUUUGGGAAUGGAAAGUCUGUGGAUGAUGUCCUGUCUCAUCUCGCCCAGAGAUUGUUUGAUGAGAUUCCCAAGGUACGGCACGCUGUAACAACUGUCAUUGGAGAAUGGUUGUUGCACCUAAGAGACAGAUACUCAUAUUUUCACAAGCUGAUCCCUCUGUUACUUGGCAGCUUUACUGAUGAAAUUCCUGAAAAUACGAAACUGGCUUGGACCUACUGGGAAAAGAUAGGCUUGCAAUGGGAGAAAGAGAAUGAAGAAAAUUUGAAGGAUAAGAUGGAUUUUAGUGUUUCACCAUCCCAUUAUCCCAAAGGAGAGACUCGACCAGGGCUGGGUUGUCGUGAACUUGUGUCAAGAAACCUCUCCAAAAUUCUCCCAGGUCUCUGUCAUGAUAUGACAGACUGGGUGGAAAGCACAAGAAUCAAAGCAUCCCAGCUCCUGUACACAUUAUUGCUGCAUGCAGAGGAUCACAUCACCCAGCACAUGGAGCUACUGCUGAGAACUUUGUACCAAGCGUGUUCAGAUGAACAAAGAGAAGUGGUUAGAAAUAGUGUGAAAGCGGCAGAAUUGAUUGGAACGUUUGUCAGCCCUAAGGUGUCUUUGAAAUUAAUCACCCCAGCCUUUGAGCAGACACCCAAAGCAUCCUGUGUGAUGGUUCUGGCUGCAGUGAUUCAAGGUAGCUCAAAAGAAAUCUUACAGCCUCAUGUAACCCAGCUUGGCAACACACUGUCACAGGCUGGAGUCUGUCAGCGAUCUGAAGAGGUCUUUUAUAUGGAGCAGUUGCUUUCUUGUGUACAAGCACUGAUUGAAGUGUGCCAGGAGGACUGCAAAGAAAUUAGCUUGCAGCUAAUGAAAGUUUUGGUGACCAUAAUGGCAAUACCAUCUUCUCAGGACCUUAAAGAAAAGAAUGCUUCCAUAAAGGAGAAAUCUAUUGUGCUUGAGGUGGAGAAAACAAUGUCUUCAUUAGCUGAAGUACAGCAAUUGGAAAGUUUUCAUUGUCUCUACAAGCAGCACAUAAUUCAGCUGCUGGAGUGGAUUUCAGUGUCAUGUGAAGGGUGGAGCUGCUACUCCCCAGAAGUGCUGCAGUUCGAGGUCAUCGCAACCCAUUCAGGUCCUGUCAUAGGUGAAGCUCUGGAUGAUUUUAUUCUCGUUCUGAAGACGUGUCUCCAGCCAAACAAAGAUCCCCAAAUGCGGUUAAAGAUUUUUACUGUUUUAUCCCAGUUGUUGCAGAAAGCAAGUGAAACUAUCAAUUCUCAGGGGCUGUUCCCUAGCUACCUUGAGACUGUGAUAAAAGACAUCCUGGCUCCUAAUCUGCAGUGGCAUGCUGGAAGAACAGCAGCUGCCAUCCGUGCUACAGCUGUAUUGUGCCUUUGGGCUCUCAUCCACUGUGAAAUGCUUUCACCAAAAGAGAUCUUAAAAGUGAAAGAUGAGCUGAUGCCCCAAGUUAUUGCUUCCAUGGAUGAAGACUCUAAAAUUACUCGACUGAUGGCUUGUCGUAUUGUUGAUGUUUUUCUAAGAGUCUGUGGGAGGCAGUUUGAUGCAGAUAAAUUUAAGAACACUUACACAGAGGUUUUAAAGCGUCUGGAUGAUGCCUCGUGUGAUGUCCGAAUGGCAGCUGCUCACACCUUGGCUAAUUGGUUUAAGUGCUUAAAGGACAGUGAUGUGAAAUCCUCAAUGGAAGGUCAUGUUGAGUUUCUGUACCAAGAACUGUUGGUACAUCUCGAUGACCCAGAUGAAAAUCUCCAAAAAGCAGUCCUAGAAGUUUUAAAGGAAGGAAGCAUUUUAUAUCCAGAUCUGCUGGUGAGAGAAAUUGAAGGGGUUGUACAUAAGCAUCAAACACCAGUCUAUUGUAAUCAGCUGCUACAUCACAUUCAGUCAGCCAAGGAAUCAGCUUUCUGAAUCACUGCUGAGAUUCUGUUUAGGAAACUGAUGUGAAAUCUGUAUGACCUAGAUUAUCUUUGUACUUCUGUUUGCUUAAGAAAGGCUGAGCUGGAAAUAGAUUGUUUCUUCUUUGUAAAUUCACUGUUGGCUCGUUUGAAAGUGAAAUUCGCAAAAUUCUAAGUUCUUUGUAGUUUGAACAUUCUUUGUAUUUUCUAGCAAUAAAACAGUGUUUUAAUUCACUUUGCAUUGGUUUUUCAGAUACAAGUUUUAAAGAAGGAAUGUUUUUUCAGGAAUUUAAUUUUUGGAUUAUUUAACAAUUGAAUAUUUUAAUGACAGCUAGGACUACUAAUGUAAUACAGCAAGGAUUCAGUCUUUCAGAAAGCAUUUCAAACUGGAUAAUAUCACACUUCAGAGAGUUAGGUAUGUGAUGACCAGUUUUAUAAGGAAAAAAAAGCAGCCAAACUUCUCUUUCAUAAUGCAGCAAAGUGUAUAAUGUUUUGAAUAUUCAUAUUUAUGCUGAUAUAAUAUGGGCAUAGUAGAAUAUGAUGUAGAAUAGAUGUAUAGUAUGAUGUAGAAUAUGAUUUUAGAAUGACGCUAAAAGAAUAGUUUUUUGUUUUUAUUGUAUUACAUUUCAUGACUGAGAGUAAAACUGAAUUUUUUUAAUUAAGGUUUAUACAUGGGGAAAAGUGUUCUGUUUUGUCAUUUAGAUUACAGUAUUUAUAUUUUUAUACUAAAUAUAUGUCAUUUGCAGUUUUUAUGUUUAUACCGUUGUGCCUUGGAAAGCAGGCAACAUUUGUUUGCAUAUUGCUUUGGAAUUAAAUUUGGUAACUAGGUUAAAGCUUGGUUUGUUUGGGGUUUUCUUCAAUAGCUUUGUAGUGUAUAAGUUUUGGUGUCAUCUUCUAUUCUCAGCUGUGUAAUAAAAUAAGGGAGCUCCUA